AUGUAUACAUUUUCCAGUUAUUUUAAGAUAUACUACAUAUACCUUAUAUUAAUCAUUUUAUGUUUUGAAAAAAAGGUUUGUACUGAUGAUAAUGUUAGGAAGUUGAAUGAGAUAAGAGACGAAUUUGUUGAGGCAUAUGAUUUAUUGGAUAAAGCUGAAUAUGAAAAAUCAUUUGGCAUAUUAAAAAACUGUGUACAUUAUGAUAUAAGGUGUCUAACAUUGAGUGGUAUAUUUUAUUACCUAGGUUUAAAACCUGUGAUUAGAAAUGUGUGUAAUGCAUUAUAUAUAUGGAAAGUGUGUGCUGAUUAUGGUAGUUCAGAUGCACAAUUUUAUUUAGGUGUGAUGUACUCUAACUAUUUUUCCCUACCAAAUUUAUAUUCCUAUUAUUAUAAAGAAAAUGAAAUAGAAAAUAAUUUGAUCUUAUUUAGGAUCUAUUUAUUUUUAAAAGCUAAGAAUAUGGAAAAACAAAUUGCUGACUGUCUUCAUAAUAGAAAAGAUGAAUAUGAUAAUUAUGAUGAUGAUAAUUAUUAUUAUAAUGAUACUACAAAUGAUAAACAUGAAGAUAUUUAUAAAAAAUUUAGAAAUGUACCUAUCAUACAUUUUAAUAAAAAUAAUGAACUCAUCUUAAAAAUUAAAAAUAUAAGAUACAAUAUAGAUGAACUUGAGAAUUAUUUUAGAAAUUUAAAUAAUUUUCCAAAUGAAAGUAAAAAUAGAAAUGAUAAUUCAUUUUAUAAUGAAUUUAAUAUGAAUUAUAUUAGAAAUCAUAAUUUAAGUUUAUUAUAUUUUUAUAGUAGUAGUCUAGGCAAUCAUCCAGCUAGUACCUUAACCUUAGGAGUUAAAUAUAUGAAUGGGUAUGGUGUAGAAAAAAGCUGUGAAGCUGCUUCAAGAUAUUAUUUAAAACUAACUAAUGAAAUAUUUAAUUUUAAUGAGAAAAAUGAAUUUGAAAUAGUUGAUUUAAUAAAAUUGAAUGUACCUUAUUAUGAUAGAUAUAAUAUGAAUAAUAAAAAAAUUAAAAGUAUAGAAAUUUUUCUAGAAUCAUCUUUACAUGAAAAUCAUAAAAUAUUAACAAUGAUUGCUAGAAGAUAUUUAAUAGGUAUAGAUGGAAUUGAAAAAGAUUAUAAAAAAGCUCAUAAUUAUUUAAUAAAAGCAUCUAAAUAUAAUAAUUCAGAAGCUAUAUCUUUAUUAGGAUAUAUAUACUUAUUAGGUCUAGGAGUACCAAUAAAUUAUGAUAAAGCAAUGGAAUAUUUUAUUAAAGGAAAUAAAUUAAAUGAUUCUUUAAGUCAUAAUGGUUUAGGAUAUAUGCAUUUUUUUGGAUUAGGUAGUUUUAGAAAGAAUACCAAUUUAGCAUUUUAUUAUUUUGAAUUAGCAUCUAAAAAUAAUUUAUCAUCAGCACAAUUUAAUUUAGCAUGUAUGUAUUUAAGUGGAGUAGGAGUAUUACAAUCAUUUCAACAUGCUUUUUUUUGGUUUUAUAAAUCUUUAAAUAAUGGAAAUUUAUUAGCUGCAUAUGUAAUUGGUUUUAUGCAUUAUAAUGGAAUUAUAGCAUCAAGAAAUUGUAAAUUAGCUGUAUCUUUAUUAUCAAAGGUAGCUGAAAGUAAUUCUUUUGUAUUAAAUACAACUAAUAAAAUUAUAAGGUAUACAGAAAAAGGUAGAAAUAAAGAAGCAUUAUUUUUAAUGGCUCUACUUGCUGAAACUGGAAAUUUACAAUCACAAGUUAAUUUAUCAUAUCAAAUACAAACAUCUGAUUUUCCUCUUUUCUUACCUUCUAAUGAACAUACCAAAAAAAUAUAUGCAAGUAGAUAUCUAGCAAUGGCUUCAGAACAUAAUGAUUUUAAAUCAUUAUACACAUUAGGAGAUUAUGCUUAUAAGGGAUAUGGUUUGUAUGUUCAUAUAUAUCCAAAGAAUAAUUUGCCUCCUAAUCAAUUUUAUGAUCUAACAAGAAAUAUUAACAUAUAUCAAAGGGAAACAUCAACAAAUAAAAUGAAAAGGGAAGAAUAUUUUAAGAAUGAAAAGAAUCAAACAAAUCACAUCAAAAAGAACAAUAAUUAUAAUAUUAUUAAUAAUGAUAAUAAUGAUAAUGUGAAUAAAGAUAAUAAUUCCAAUUAUACAUAUCAAAACAAUAAUGCUCAUCAAAAACAUGUUCCUGUUAUUCAAAAUUUUGAUAAAAUAAUAUCAACCGAUUUUGUUGAUGAAGAAGGUAAUAUUUUUAAUGAUAAAUGGAGAUUUAAUUAUUACUUUAAAUUUUCUUUUAAUCAAGUAGAUUAUGAAUUAGCAUAUCAUCAUUAUAAAAGUAUCAUUUCAUAUUAUCCAAGCAAUUUUCAUGUUAUUCAAACAAUUUCAAGAGCUUGUUAUAAUCUAGGUUAUAUGCAUUAUUAUGGUAUAGGAGUAUCUAAAAAUAUUGAAAAGGCUCUAAUUUAUUUUAACUCCUCUAUUAAAAUUUACCCAUCAUAUAAAGUACCUUCUCUAUUAUUUGUUCUCUAUAUAUAUUUUCAUAAAUAUCUAUAUCAUUUUAAAAAAAAAAUUAAUAACUUCAAAAAAUAUUUUUCCUUCUUCUAA